UUUUACAUCAUUUACAAAAAAAAAAAAAAAAAAAAAAACCUGUUUGAAAACAACACAUGACAGGAGAUCUUUUUUUCUUCUGAAAUAUAGCUGUAAAAGGUAAAAGACAAACAACUGGGUUUUGUAUUGCGGAAUGAGGAUGGGAAGAAAGUGAGAAAAGGGAAAGGGCGUAAUUUUUUUGUUUAUGAGGAUGGGUGGGCGUUUUUAUUAUUAUUUCACACGCCAUUUUUCGAUAGACUCUCACACCCGAUCACCCCGGUUGCUUUAAAAGAUUCAUGCAAAAUAGAAACAAGGUGGUGUGAUUUAUCUGUGAACGAAAAGGUAAAAAAAAAAAAAAAAAAAAUAUAAAUAACACUACGACUUGUAUAGCCAUCUUCUUCUUCUUUACAUCAUAUAAUUUAAAAGAUGGACUCACAAUACCCAGUUGAAGAAGACUUUAACAAUGCCGUGGAUUCUUACUCUGUCACGGUCAAUGGCUUUAUUUUCUGUACCCGUCAUGGUUUAGAAGUCUGUGAGAAAUGUCCAACGGAUAACCGGUCCUCCAAUAACAUGGUGGUCGAAGACAUGCUUCAUGAAAGACUGACAGAGGAUGAAUACUCUACUAAAUGGAAAGGGGAUGAAAGAGAUCCCUUCACCAUUGCUCAUAAAUGGACUCGCGUGUCCAAGGGAAAACCAGGUUGUGUCGCUCAUAAAACCGUUGCUUGUGAAGAGUGUUUUAAUUGGGGUGAACAACUCUAUCGCGGUAUUCAUGGUAACCGCAAGACCAGGGUCUCUCGUCUUCAUCGCAAGAGUAAAGACCAUACCUCCGAUCGACUCGAGUAGUCUCUCUUUUUCUCUCUCUUUCUUAUUUCAUCUCUGUAUAAUUUUUUUUUUCUCUUUUUUACCCUUCCUUUUUUCUCUUUUUUCAUAUAUAAAAAUAAAAAUAAAAAGACACAUUUUACA